AUGUAUCUGUACAACUUCAUCUUGCAACGUGCCACCGGCAUCACGCAUGCCGUGCACGGAAGCUUUGCCGGCACCAAGUUGCAGGAAAUUUUACUUGCCAAGGGCAAAGGUUUGGAACUGGUACGUCCGGAUCCGAACACGGGCAAGGUUCAUACGUUGCUGCAGACGGAAGUGUUCGGCGUCGUACGCUCGCUGAUGUCCUUCCGACUUACGGGCGGGUCGAAAGAUUAUGCCGUGAUUGGUUCGGAUUCGGGACGCAUUGUGAUACUGGAAUACAACCCGGCAAAGAAUCAGCUCGAAAAGGUUCACCAGGAAACGUUCGGCAAAUCAGGAUGUCGGCGCAUCGUACCCGGCCAAUAUUUGGCCAUCGAUCCCAAAGGCCGUGCCGUCAUGAUUGGGGCAGUCGAAAAGCAAAAGUUGGUUUACAUCUUGAAUCGCGAUUCCGAAGCCCGGCUUACCAUUUCGUCCCCAUUGGAGGCGCACAAAUCCAACACUCUAACGUACCACAUGGUGGGCGUCGAUGUCGGCUUCGAGAAUCCAAUGUUUGCCUGCCUGGAGAUCGAUUACGAGGAGGCCGAUACGGAUACAACGGGUGAAGCGGCCACCAAGACGCAGCAAACGCUCACCUUCUACGAGCUCGAUCUCGGACUGAACCACGUGGUGCGCAAGUACUCGGAACCGCUCGAAGAACACGCAAACUUUCUGAUAUCCGUACCCGGCGGAAACGACGGUCCGUCCGGUGUGUUGAUCUGCUCGGAGAACUAUUUGACGUACAAAAAUUUGGGCGAUCAGCACGACAUCCGCUGUCCGAUUCCGCGUCGCCGCAACGAUCUGGACGAUCCCGAGCGCGGCAUGAUAUUCAUCUGCUCGGCCACACAUCGCACCAAAUCGAUGUACUUCUUCCUGGUGCAAACGGAGCAGGGCGAUAUCUUCAAAGUGACGCUCGAAACCGACGAUGACGUGGUGUCGGAGAUAAAGCUCAAGUACUUCGACACGGUACCACCAGCGACGGCCAUGUGCGUGCUCAAGACCGGUUUCCUGUUUGUGGCUUGCGAAUUCGGCAAUCACUAUCUGUACCAGAUCGCGCAUCUGGGCGAUGAUGAUGAUGAACCGGAAUUCAGUUCUGCGAUGCCGCUAGAGGAGGGCGAUACGUUCUUCUUCGCACCGAGACAGUUGAAGAAUUUGGUCAUGGUGGACGACAUUCCAUCAUACGCACCGAUCCUCGGAUGUCAGGUGGGGGAUCUUGCGAACGAGGAUACGCCGCAGCUGUAUUUGGCGUGCGGUCGGGGACCACGUUCCUCGAUCCGGGUGCUGAGACAUGGUCUGGAGGUGUCGGAAAUGGCCGUAUCGGAGCUGCCCGGUAACCCGAAUGCUGUGUGGACCGUCAAGAAGAGAAUCGAUGACGAAUUCGAUGCAUAUAUCAUCGUAUCGUUCGUAAAUGCAACGCUUGUGCUGAGCAUUGGUGAUACGGUCGAGGAAGUGACGGACAGUGGCUUCCUCGGUACGACGCCGACCCUUUGCUGCAGUGCGCUCGGCGAUGAUGCACUGGUGCAGGUCUACCCAGACGGUAUUCGCCACAUUCGGGCGGACAAACGCGUGAACGAAUGGAAAGCACCGGGCAAGAAGACCAUCAUGAAGUGUGCGGUCAAUCAGCGCCAGGUGGUAAUUGCACUUUCCGGUGGCGAGCUUGUGUACUUCGAAAUGGACCCGACUGGUCAAUUGAACGAGUAUACGGAGCGCAAGAAAAUGCCCAGCGAAGUAAUGUGCAUGGCGCUGGGAUCGGUGCCCAGUGGUGAACAACGGUCAUGGUUUUUAGCCGUCGGUUUGGCCGACAACACUGUGCGCAUUAUAUCAUUGGAUCCAACGGAUUGCUUAUCGCCACGUUCUAUGCAGGCUCUACCCUCAGCAGCUGAAUCACUGUGCAUCGUCGAGAUGGGCACUGUCGAGUCGUCCGAGGAUGACGGUGUCACCACCACGACUGGAUGCAUUUAUCUAAACAUUGGUCUGACGAACGGAGUGUUGUUGCGCACGGUACUGGAUCCGGUUUCGGGCGAUCUGGCCGACACGCGAACACGUUACCUUGGCUCACGGCCGGUCAAGCUGUUCCGCAUUCAGAUGCAGGGUGCGGAAGCGGUCCUUGCAAUGUCGAGUCGUUCCUGGCUGAGCUAUUACUAUCAGAACCGUUUCCAUCUGACGCCUUUGUCGUACGAAACGCUCGAGUAUGCGUCCGGAUUCUCCAGCGAACAGUGCUCGGAAGGUAUUGUGGCCAUCUCGACGAACACGUUGCGAAUUCUCGCGCUCGAGAAGUUGGGAGCCGUUUUCAAUCAGAUAACCUUCCCGCUGGAGUACACCCCGAAACGGUUCGCCAUUCAUCACGAGACGGGCAAGCUGAUCAUUAGCGAAACGGACCACAACGCGUACACGGAGGAAACGAAAACCAUCCGCAAAAAGCAGAUGGCGGACGAAAUGCGUGAAGCGGCCGGCGAAGAUGAGCAGGAGCUGGCAAACGAAAUGGCGGACGCCUUCAUCAAUGAAGUGUUGCCAGAAGAUGUGUUCUCCUCGCCGAAGGCCGGCACUGGAAUGUGGGCAUCCCAGAUUCGCGUGAUGGAUCCGAUCAACGGUCAUACGUACUCGAAGGUGCAGCUGGCCCAGAACGAGGCGGUACUUUCAUUGGCAUUGGUGCGCUUUGCCGUUGACCAGAAGUGGUACGUGGUGGCCGGUGUGGCCAAAGAUUUGCAGAUAAAUCCCAAAAUCAGCGGCGGCGGUUUCAUCGAUGUGUACAAGGUGGAUAGCCAGACGCACCAGCUCGAGCACAUGCAUCGGACAGAGAUUGAUGAUGCGCCGGGUGCGCUCUGUCCGUUCCAGGGACGACUGCUGGCCGGUAUCGGAAAGGUGUUACGUAUCUACGACCUGGGCAAGAAGAAGCUACUGCGUAAAUGCGAGAACAAACACAUUCCCAACCAGAUCAUUAACAUUCAGGGCAUGGGACAGCGUGUGUACGUUUCGGACGUGCAGGAAUCGGUGUACUGCAUCAAGUACAAACGGGCCGAGAACCAGCUCAUUAUCUUUGCCGAUGAUACACACCCACGGUGGAUCACAUCGGCCACCCUGCUCGAUUACGACACGAUCGCCACCGGUGAUAAGUUCGGUAACAUCUCUAUUUUGCGUCUACCACAUUCAGUAUCGGACGACGUGGACGAAGAUCCAACCGGCAACAAAGCGCUGUGGGAUCGUGGCCUGUUGAAUGGUGCAUCACAGAAGGCGGAAAACAUUUGUACCUUCCACCUGGGAGAAAUCGUGAUGUCGCUCCAGAAGGCAACACUUAUCCCCGGUGGUUCGGAAUCGCUUAUUUACGCUACCAUGAGCGGUACCGUUGGUGCGCUGGUACCUUUCACGAGCCGUGAAGAUUUCGAUUUCUUCCAGCAUCUGGAGAUGCACAUGAGAAACGAAAAUCCACCAAUGUGUGGGCGGGAUCAUUUAAGCUACCGGAGCUACUACUAUCCGGUGAAGAAUGUGAUGGAUGGCGAUCUGUGCGAGCAGUUCACCUCGCUCGAUCCAGCUAAGCAGAAGAGCAUUGCGUCGGAUCUGGGACGGACGCCCAGUGAGGUUGCGAAAAAGCUCGAGGACAUCCGGACGCGGUAUGCGUUCUGA